CGCAAGAAUUACACCGGCGCGCACAGCUUUCGAGCGAAGUAUUCCAAACAAUUGUCCCAGCUGCAGAGUUUGAAGCCGGCCGGCCAACCCCAAUUUUUCAACAGUUGUUUAUACCGAGUGUGACAAACUUGGAUCAAAAUAGCUGCCGUUGUCAAUGCGGGACAAACACGGAGCCAAUUUUCCCCUCAACAAUGGACAACAAAAACCAGAUGCCUCCACCCGGCUUCAUGCCACCACCCGCUUACGGACCUCCACCGCAGGCUCAACCCUCCGUGAUGAUCGUCCAGGCACCGGCUUUGGGGCCCGAAUCUGUAUCGAUGACAUGCCCGCACUGUCGUGCCAACAUUUCGACCCGCGUUGAACAGUCUUCAUCGACAAAAACCCACAUUAUCGCUCUACUUCUCUGCAUAUUCGGCUGUUGGCCGUGUGCUCCUUGCCCAUACUGCAUCGAUAGCUGCUUGUCCAAGAAGCAUUACUGCCCAGGCUGCAACGCGUACAUUGGAGAAUACAGCAAUUAAUCGCAUCAAAAUCAAAUUACUUUUCUAUAUCAAAAGUAUCGCAGUGGAUAGUUCUGCUGAGUCAACAACAAAAGCAAAAAAACAACAACAAAAAAAAUCAGUUCAAAAAUAGUUAAAUUACCCAUAUAUCUAUAUUAUAUACGCAUACAAAGCUGGUAUAAUUAAUACACGAGCCAACACGCACACGCGCAUACUUGCAUAUAUAAAUUGGAAAUUGUAUCUGUAUAUCAUGAAGGCCAACAUAAAAUCUUACGGAAAACCGGAAUAACAAUAAAUAAAUGUUGCAAGUCAAUUUUUGAUAUUAAGAGAAAAUAUCAAUAUACUUAUAUUAUAUUUAAUCAUAUAUAGACGUAGUCAAUUUUCGGUAAAACUUGACGAGACAUUGCAGAUUGCCAAUAGAUAAAAUGAAAGUAAUUGUCUGGCAUUUAACAACUUCGAUCGCUUGGUCUGUUCCAUUUUUUAAAAACUUUACAAAGUCAUUAUUCACAUAACUAUUUUGAAAAAUUUCUUUAUUUCCCACAUAAAGACUAAUGUGACGCUUUUUAUUAAAAAAAAAUAUCCCAACGGCCUAGUUGUUGAAGGAUUGUUCUUUUUACGUUUAUCAUUAAAGCUACACUUGGUAUAAAAAAAAAACAGCGCAAAUGGUCUUAAAAUCUUAUUUUCUUAACUAUUGUUAUUUUGUAACACCGUAUAUAAAAAAAGUAAAUCUCAGGCAAACACUCUGACCAACAAAAGCAUUUGCUUACUGUGAUCGUCUACUUUUAGUUUUUAGAAUUUUUAUACAAUACAUAAGAUAUAACUGUUAAACAUAAACAAGAUUGAAACAAAAUAUUUUUAUUCAUCGUCCAAUAAUGAACAAUCAACAAAUGAAUUAUGAAAGCACAUUUAGGUAUAAUAAAACAUCUACAAUCGCGUCGUCGGUGCAAUUUUCUAUUACGGUAUACUUAGAAGCAAAGCAUUUAAUAUUCGACUUACUGGCUAGGAGGAAAGUUUUGAGGUUGCUAUAUUAUGCAGCGAAACGUGGAGAUGAAAUAGCCAAGUAAUAACAUUCGUUAAUUGUUCAAAUAAAAACAAAAACUGAUAAAAUCUGAUCAGUUUCACCAAUUGUAGGUCGAGCAAGGGCACCUUUAUUAACUAACUGACCACAUUCAACGAAGAAGUAUUAAACUGACGAAUUUAUCGGUUAUGUGACCUUGAAAACGAAAAUAUUUUCAAUGUGGGGUGGUUACAAGAUGUACGGUAAUCGUGAAUCCACUUAUUCUUUUCGAAUCGAAUCAGAUUGAUGUACUUACUUCACGUGAAUAAAUGUCCUCUGCAUUCUUA